AUGAGCAAGUUCUCUUCAAAACUGUCGCAGAGCAAUUCUGCAUCAGCCCCAUAUCCUGGCGCAUCCGCUCAACCUCCGCAACCACCUUGGUCGCCAAAUUCGAUAUCACCCUAUCCACAAGGCCCUCCAGUUCCUCCUCGUCCGAGCGCAUCACCUCAGCCCGGCCAGCAGCGACCUCCACAACCGCAACAGCAGAUGUAUGGGUCACCCCAUCUCGGUGCGCCGCAACAAUGGCAACAGCAGUCUUACAACUCUCCACAACAACAAUAUGGGCAGCCACAGGGGUACCCUCCCUCACCUCAGCCUCCAAACUCAUAUGCUUCACCACCCCCGCAACAAUCCGCAUACGCAUCAUACGGGUCGCAAUAUCAGCCACCAGGUCAGGUGCAGCACAAUCAAGCGUAUCCCGGACGGCAGCCAUACCCGCAGCAGGGCUAUGGCGGUGGUCCCCAGGGUGGUCAACCACCUUACCCCGGUGGUCCCCAAGGCGGUCCCCCGGGUGGUCCUCAGGGUGGAUAUGGCGGUGCUCCAGGUGGCCCUCAAGGCGGCUAUGGAGGUCCUCAAGGCGGUCCCGGUCAAGGCGGUCCUCCGCCUCCGGCAGCCGGCAAUCCCGCCGCAUACCAGAAGCUUCUGGAAGGCUGCAUCCAAGAGAAGGGUCUACAAGCUUUCUAUCCUCCAGGAUCUCCCGCGCUUAAUCAGAUCGUUGGCCGGGCUGCUCAGCAAGUUGCCACCCUCGCCCAGCAAUGGCGCAUCAGCACCGAGAUUGCUUCCGAUAUCGUCAAGCUGGCACUCUAUGAUGUCAUUCUCUACAUCGACGACAGUGGUUCAAUGGCUUUUGAGGAAAACGGCGAACGGAUUGAUGAUCUGAAACUCAUUCUCUCUCGUGUCGCAUUUGCGACUUCCUUGUUCGACGCGGACGGCAUUCAAGUUCGCUUCAUGAACUCUGCGGAUCAAGGCAACGGCAUUAGGGACGAGCGAAUGGUUAACGAGAUGAUCUCUCGUACCAAGUUUUCCGGCCUCACGCCCAUGGGUCGCGAGCUGCAGAACAAGAUUCUCGGACCUCUUGUCCUGGGCCCUGCCCGGUCCGGCCAACUUCAAAAGCCGAUCUUGGUCAUCACAAUCACCGACGGCCAACCCACUGGCGAGUCUCCCUCGGAUGUUGCCCGAAUCGUCACGAAUGCUAGCACCGAACUUCAACGCUCUCGUUAUGGCAAGGGCGCUCUGGCUUUCCAAUUCGCUCAGGUGGGCAACGAUUUGAAAGCACAAGAAUUCCUUGGCAAGCUAGAUGAGGACCCGACGAUUGGUGAUAUCAUUGAUUGCACAUCCAAUUACGAGGUCGAGUCGGCCGAAAUGGCUCGCGCUAACCCACCCGUUGACCUGACCCCAGAGCUCUGGCUCAUCAAGCUACUGCUCGGUGCCAUCGACAGCUCGUAUGAUGCCAAAGACGAGAAGAGUAAUGCCCCGCGUCCCCCGCAGCAAGGUCCUGGCGGCUAUGGUGGCCCACCACCUGGUCAGUACGGCGGUCCACCUCCUGGCCAGUAUGGUGGCCCUCCCCCUGGUCAGCAAGGUGGUUACCCUCCCCAGCAGGGUGGCUAUGGUGGUCCUCAGCAAGGCGGUUACGGUGGCCCUCAACAAGGUGGUUACGGUGGCCCUCAGCAGGGAGGCUAUCCGCCACAACAGGGUGGCUACGGUGCGCCUCCUCCUCCCAGAUACUGA